AUGAAGGCGUUUGUUGUGUUCUCAAUGGCUUUGGCCCUAGCCAGUGCGGCGGCAGUCGACAGUUCCAAGAAGGAAAAGCGCGGACUCUGGGAGCUGGGAUCGGGUCAUCAGGGAUCAUACGAAACCUACGGCUACGAACAUCAAAUCGACCAUGGCCAUUAUGGACACGACUACGGGCACAAGGAAGUGAAACAGACAGUUAUCACGAAGAAGGUCCCCGUCCCGUAUCCUGUUGAGGUUGAAAAGCACUUCCCGGUGGAGGUGAAGGUCCCAUACCCAGUUGAGGUUGAAAAGAAGGUCCCGGUCGUUGUGGAGAAGAAGGUUCCCGUGUACGUCGAACGGAAGGUCCCAGUCCACGUGGAUCGUCCCUAUCCGGUGGAGGUGAAAGUUCCAGUGGAAGUUCCCGUGUACCAGAAGGAGUACGUCGAGGUCCCGAAACCAUACGCAGUUCAUGUCGAGAAGCCGUACCCAGUUUACGUGAAACAUCCAGUCUACGUCGAGAAACCCGUUCCAUUCACGGUACUUAUCAAGAAGGAGCACAAGAAAUCCUUCUGGGGAUAA